AUGGUUGUUACAGAAUCAAGAACUGAGUUACUACAAUGGUUGAAUACUAUGUUAGAUUUGAAUUAUACCAAAAUUGAACAAUGUGGAACAGGAUCAGCAUUUUGUCAAUUAAUGGAUUCAAUAGUUGGAUCAGUUCCAUUAAAUAAAGUUAAAUUUAAUGCAACUACAGAUUAUGAUUUUAGACAUAAUUGGAAAAUUUUACAACUGGAAUUUACAAAACAUAAAAUUACAAAAAAUAUUGAUGUUGAAAGAUUAAUAAAAUGUAGAUUACAAGAUAAUUUAGAUUUAUUACAAUGGUUUAAAAGAUAUUGGAAUGAAAAUAAUGAUUUUAAUUCAAAUUAUGAUUCAAUUUCAAAAAGAAAAAUUAGUGCAAGUCCUCAUCAAACUUUAAAACCUGUAAAUAAUAAUUCUAUAACUAAUAUGACUCCAAAUAAUAAUAAAGCUUCAACUUUACCUUUAGGAUCAAAAGAUCAUCAUCAAUUAAAUCAAAAUCAUUAUAGUGGUAAUGGGAAUAACAAAUUAAAUCAAUUGAAUAAUAGUAAUAAUAAUAGCCCAAAUAAUGGAAUCUCCACUAAUAAUUAUAAUGGGCAUUCACCAAAUGAUUUUGUAUCAUCAAAUUAUACAAGUAGUAAUAUGUCAAAUAAAAUUAGACCACCAAAAAGAUCGUUAACUCCAUCGACUUCAAGAAUUACAACUCCAAUACAUCAUAAAUCCUCAACAUCGAGAAAAACUUCAGGUAAUAAUAAUAUACAUGUUGAAAAAAGAAUAAAUUCAAAUAAUCAUAAUUUAGCUUAUAAUCAAAACACUAUAAUUGACGAUUUAAAUAAUAAUCGUAAUCACAUUAAUAUCAAUAACAAUAAUAAAUUACACGAUUCUGCACAGUAUUCCAGUGAAAUUACCACAGGUACUACAAUAAACGGAUAUAGCACUCAAAACAAUUCAAAUUAUCAAUCAUCAUAUUACUCAGAUCAACAACAACUACAACAACAACCUCAUCAUAAUGAUCAGAAUCAAAAUCAACAUCAAAAAGAAAUUGAAUUAUUAUUAAAUGAUUAUAAUCAAUUAAAUAAAGAAUAUAAUCAAUUAGAACUAAAUUUAAAAGAAAUUGAAUUAAAUAAUGAAACUUUACAUAUUCAAAAGAAUUUUUAUUUUAAUAAAUGUAGAGAUAUUGAAGUUUUAAUUCAACAUUUAACUUCAAAUAAUCAAAACAAUACAGAUAUUAUGAAUAAAAUUGAUUUAUUCACAUUUAUGAAAAAAAUUGAAGAUAUACUAUAUGCAACUGAAGAAGGUUUUAGUAGUAAUUCAAAUAGUGAUGAAAUAAAUUUCAAUAAUAAUUCAAAUAAUAAUGAUAAUGAUAAUUUAAAUUUACAAACAGGUGGGAGUAUUAGUUUUAAUAAUAAUGAUAUUAAUACUAAUGGUAGUAGUAAUAAUCAAAUUGAUUCUGAUAAUAUGUUGGAUACUAAUUCAUUUUGA